AUGAAUGAUUUUGACGCACCUCAAGUAUUUUUUUCGGAUAAUUUUGCGUCUGACGAGCAACGCGAUGACCAACUAAAGCUCCAAACGUACAAAAAAAAAUUCAAAGAGUUUAUAAGGCAAUUUCAUGAAGGAAAUUUUAAUUAUAAAUAUCGUGAUGCACUUAAACGUAAUUACAACUUGGGACGGUAUUGGGUUGAAAUUAAUCUCGAAGAUUUGGGAGCAUUCGACGAGCCCUUGGCGGAAAAAUUAUACAAACAGCCUACUGAAUAUUUGCCAGUGUUUGAGGAAGCAGCCAGAGAUGUUGCCGACGAGUUGACUGCUCCGAGACCGUUGGGCGAGAAAAAAGUUGAGGAUAUUCAGAUAUUGCUGUCUUCUGAUGGAAACCCAACCUCGCUCAGAGGCAUGAAGCCUGAUAUUGUCUCCAAGUUGAUCAAAAUCCCCGGAAUUAUUGUAUCUGCCUCAGGAAUCAGGUCCAAAGCGACUAAAAUUUCGAUCCAAUGCAGAUCUUGUAGAACAAUUCAGAGUAACAUCCCAAUAAAACCUGGCUUAGAAGGCUACGCGUUACCAAGAAAGUGUACAACAGAGCAAGCUGGAAGACCGAAAUGUCAACUGGAUCCUUUCUUUGUGAUGCCCGACAUGUGUCGCUGCGUCGACUUCCAAGUAUUGAAGCUUCAGGAACUACCUGACAACAUUCCUCAGGGAGAAAUGCCGAGGCAUUUGCAACUCUACUGUGACCGCUACCUGUGUGAUCGAGUCGUACCGGGUAACAGAGUUCUUAUUCUAGGAAUUUAUUCCAUCAAAAAGGUAUCAGGAACCGGAGGUAGACGAGGAGGACGAGAAAAAACGUUAGUCGGUGUACGAGCUCCUUACAUCCGUGUGAUUGGUAUCUCUGUCGAUGGCGAAAACACUGGACGUGGUACCCAACCAAUUAUCACCAACGAGGAGGAAGAUAUGUUCAAACGUCUAGCAGCUGAUCCAUUGAUUUAUGAAAAAAUAGCAAAAAGUAUAGCGCCUAGUAUUUUUGGUGCUUUUGAUAUUAAAAAGUCUAUUGCAUGCUUGCUGUUUGGAGGCUCGAGGAAACGUAUGCCUGAUGGGUUAUGCAGAAGAGGUGACAUCAAUGUGUUGAUGUUGGGAGAUCCAGGUACCGCUAAAUCGCAGUUGCUAAAAUUCGUAGAGACAGUAGCUCCAAUUGGAAUUUAUACUUCGGGUAAGGGAAGUUCUGCUGCUGGUUUAACUGCUUCUGUGACUCGUGACCCGACUUCAAGGAAUUUCGUUAUGGAAGGAGGUGCCAUGGUACUGGCUGAUGGUGGUGUUGUUUGUAUCGACGAGUUUGAUAAAAUGAAAGAAGAUGACAGAGUUGCUAUUCACGAAGCCAUGGAACAGCAAACUAUCUCAAUAGCUAAAGCUGGAAUUACCACGACUUUAAAUACUCGUUGCUCUGUACUAGCAGCAGCUAACUCAAUCUUUGGACGUUGGGAUGAUAUUAAAGGCGAUGAUAAUAUUGAUUUUAUGCCUACGAUUCUUUCACGUUUUGACAUGAUUUUCAUUGUCAAGGAUGAGCAUGAACAGUCACGAGAUAUCACUCUCGCUAAACACGUUAUGAAUAUUCACGCAAACGCUGGUCAAGUUACUGAUCAAUCUACGGAAGGCGAACUACCACUGGCUGUGUUGAAAAAAUACAUUCAAUACUGCAGAUCACGCUGUGGCCCGAGAUUGAGCAAAGAGGCGGGUGAAAAAUUGCAAAAUCGUUACGUUAUGAUGCGUGCUGGUACUCACGAGCAUGAAAAAGAUACUGAAAAACGUCUUUCAAUUCCAAUAACUGUGAGACAAUUAGAAGCUAUUAUAAGAAUAUCGGAAUCUUUGGCUAAAAUGCGUUUGCUCCCAUUCGCCACAGAAGUUCAUGUCAAUGAGGCUCUUCGACUUUUCCAAGUAUCAACACUCGACGCAGCGGUAUCUGGAUCUCUUGCUGGCGCCGAAGGUUUCACAUCAGAAGAAGAUCACGAAAUGCUUGCUCAAAUUGAGAAACAGCUGAAACGUCGGUUUGCUGUUGGCUCUCAAGUGUCUGAACAGAAUAUUGUCAACGAUUUUACGAGGCAAAAAUUCCCUGAGCGUGCUAUUUUCAAAGUUAUUCACACAAUGAUCCGUCGGGGUGAAUUACAGCACCGUAUGCAACGCAAAAUGUUAUACAGACUUAUGUAA